AUGAUGGGCCAGAGGGCCAGGCACAGAUCGUCCAGCCUCGUGCUGCUGAUGUACCUCUGCCUCCUGCAUCCGGGGGCCUCGGGUCAGCCCCAGCCGAGCCCCGGAGCCCCUGCACAGCAGGCCGUGACCGUCCAGGGAGUGCGGGGCAGUUCCGUGGAGCUGGCCUGUGGCCCCGGGCCUACCCCCGUGAUGGUCCUCUGGAGCUUCACCCCGCUGGGCUCCCCGGUCCCCCAGCCUGUGGCUCUCACCAACGGAGUGGUGUCCACGGUGGAGGCUGCAGCCUCGGCUCUGGGCUCCGUGAGCCUGCGGAACGGCAGCCUCGUGCUGGAGGAGCUCCGGGAGGGUGCCCGCGGCCACUUCCUGUGCCAGGCCCUGCACGCAGCGAACGGCCAGCUCCACGCCGCCUACUCCUACCUCUCGCUGGCGGUGCUGGUGCCUGUCUCCAAGCCUCAGGUGCGGCUAAGUGACCCAUCCCCAGUGGAGGGCACCUCCGUGGUGGCCACCUGUGCAGUGCGGGAGGGGACAGGACCUGUGAUCUUUGCCUGGCAACAUCAGGCACCCCGAGGCCCUAGGAAGGUCCUGGUGGAAGUCGUGGAGCCACUUCUCCGGUUGGACCCAGUCAACCGGACACACCUGGGCUGGUUCGUGUGCAGCGCCCACAACACAGUCAACAGGCUGAGCAGUCCCGGAGCCUUCCUGGAUGUCAUCUAUGGUCCGGACAAGCCCGUGAUCACUGUGGAACCCCUGGGACUCACUGAGGAAGGAUUUUGGGCCAGUGAGAGGGAGGAGGUGACCCUGAGCUGCUUGGCCGCAUCCAACCCUCCCAGUCGUUAUGUGUGGCUCCAUGAGGACACUCAGGUCCACAGUGGGCCCACAUACGUCAUUGCCACUGCCAGCCGCACCCACACAGGCCUAUACACCUGCCUGGCCCACAACAGCCACCUGGACACCCGCACCCAGACCACUGUCCAGCUCACCGUCUACUAUCCCCCAGAGGGGCAGCCCUCCUGUGCCGUGCGCCCCUCCCCCAGGGCUGUGACUUUGCCCUGCACCUGGCCUGGAGGGUUUCCGCCGGCCCAACUGCAGUGGGAAGGGCCCCAGGGGACUGGUCCGACUGCCCCCAGCAACGUCACCUGGAGCCUUGCAACUGCCCAGCUCCCCAACGGCAGCAUCUUCACCUGCACCGGUCAGCACCCAGCCCUGGCAUUGCCGGCCGUCUGCAGGAUCACGCUCUGGGAACCUCUCUGGAGCCCCACCUGCUGGACCACGGCCUCGCUGGAAGACCAGUUCAUCAUGCUGAGCUGCAGGUGGCCUGGAGGUGAGCCCCCUGCCGUGCUGGGCUAGCUUGACGGACAACAGCAGCCUCUGGGCAGCAACAGCUCUUCGCUGGCCAUCCACCUUCUGCAGGCCCAGGGCAAUCUAGCCGGCAGGGAGUUCACCUGCCGGGGCACUCACCCACUCAGGAGCCCAGACCCCUACUGCCAGCUCCAACUAGAAGCCCCACAGCUGGCAGUGGCUGAGCCCCGCGUGUCGGUGUUGGAGGGGGGAGAGGCCACGCUGGCCUGUGUCCUGCAGCGUGGCACACCACCCGCCCAACUCCUCUGGCUGGGACCCCAGCUGCGGCAGGUGGAACAGGGCGUGUCUGGAUUCACACUGUACCCCGAGGGUGCCUGGCUGCGCCUCCACAUCCAAGAUGCUGACCCAGCAUGCCACAAGGGUACCUACCAAUGUGUGGCCAGCAACGCUGUGGGCAGCCACCAUCGCAGCGUGCGGCUGGAGGUCCUGAGAUAUCCAGCUCCUCCCAACGUCACCAUCAGCCGCCUGACCUACGCGCGGCACCGCAGAGAGGUGCAGCUGCAGUGGGUGCUGGAGGGCUCCGGGAACCUGACGGGCUUCCUGGUGCAGCGGAGGGCCAGCGUCCCCGGCACCACCGCCUGGGAGACGGCAGCCAGCGACAUCGAGCCUGAGAGCAGGGGCCGGCGGCUGGGAGGCUUGGACCCCGGAGUCCUCUAUGCCUUCCGCAUCCUGGCUCUGAACCACCGCACGGCUGGGCUGCCCUCCCCGGUGAAGACACCAGCGGACCCCCCCUUCAGCGCCUAUCCUGCCGUGCUGGCUGCAGCAGGCACAGGAGUGGUGGUGGCAACUGUGGCCUGUCUACUGCUGUUCCAGUAUGCUGCCCGGCACCCAGAGACUUUCCCCUGCCUUGGUCAGUGGCUUGCUCCCAUGGAGCAAAGAGGCCAGCAGAGAGGCUCAAGGGGAGGCACCGAGGCAUGGGCAGGCACUGAAGCAGCAGCCACCACCCCAAGUUCAGAUCCUGCACAAGAAUCCACCGAGGCGCCCGUCAAUGUCACCAUCACGGUGACAGCAACACCAUGA